AUGGGUAAGGCGUACAACUGGAUGUGCGCGGGCAUUGCCGGCUCGGGUAGUAUGUUGUAUGGUUACGAUGCUGCAGUCAUUGCUGGAACACUUGCGCAACCGGGCUUUCUGGAGUACUUCAACCCGUCUGCGACAGUUCUCGGCGCCGUCGGCUCCGUCUACUUCGCUGGUCUCCUCAUCGGCCUCCUCUUCGUCAGUGCUCUCGCCGACCGCUUCGGCCGCAAGCGAACAAUUCAAUUCGGCGCAGCGGUGGGCCUCAUCGGCGCCGUUUUCCAAACCGCAGCUCAUGAAAUCGGGCUAUUCUUCACAGGCCGCGUUCUUGCUGGCAUCGCCUCUGGCAUCAUGCUGACCACCGUCAACGUCUAUCAAGCUGAGAUUGCGCCACCCGACCUCCGUGGUACUAUGGUCGCGUUCCAGAUCGUGACGCUCAACCUAGCAGGAGCACUAGCAUCUUGGGUUGGCUUCGCUUGUAAUCACUCGACCAAUCUAUCCUUCCAAUGGCGUUUUCCGAUUGGUCUGCAGUGCCUUCCCGCUAUCCUUCUAAUCAUUGGAUGCUUUUUCAUCCCUUUCUCGCCUCGUUGGUUAAUCACCAAGGACCGUCACGCCGAAGCGCAAGUAAUCCUGAAGAGACUCCACGAUUCCCACGAAGACUCUACCUUCUGGGAGAAGGAAUACAUCCAGAUCUCGGCACAGCUGGAGGUCGAGGCCAAGGAAAAGGAGACGGCCUCAUGGACCCACAUGCUCACCAACUGGAGUGAACUUCGGCGUCUGCUUGUUGCGAUUGCUGCUUUGACUUCCGUUCAGACCAACGGGGCACAGACGAUCCAGGUCUACCAGUCUGUCUUUUACGCCGGACUCGGGUUCUCGACUACACAAGUCCUGCUAAUGGUCGGCGUCUUUGCCAUCUGCAACACCUGCGGUGGUGUGACCAACUUGAUCUUGAUCGAUCGCGUUGGUCGUAGAAAGCUCUUCCUAUCAGGCUUAGUCAUUCUCUCCGUAAUGUUGGGCGUUUUUGCAGCUUGCUCCGAGCGUUAUACCAGCACCGGAACUAAGAGCUGGGGCAAAGCCGGUGUCGGCUUCGUCAUGGUAUACAUCUACUUUUUCGGCGCCACCUACGCCUCCUCACCCUACGCCUACGCCGCCGAGAUCCUGCCAACGAAGAACCGCGCAAAUGGCGUUGCGAUUGCACUUUUCGUCGCGAACUCAGUCACCUUGACUUUCACUCAAGUGACGCCGAUUGCGCUGGACAAGAUUGCGUGGAAAUUCAAUAUUGUCUUCAUCGCUUGCAACCUUUUCUUCCUACCGAUCGUUUAUUUCUUCUUCCCUGAGACAAAGGGUCUCUCUCUAGAAGAAGUCAAUGGUGCCUUUGGCGAAAGGGUCGAGGUCGAGUUCAAGGAUAUUACGGAGAAUGAAGUGGAGAAGGUGGCGGUGGUUCAGUUGGAGGACACGCAUGAGGUUAAGGUAUAGAAAAGGAGCUAGGUGUGAAAUGUUCGCAUCUCAAUUGCGAGCUCCACCGGACUCUCCGAAAUGAAAUGAAGUAGCACUGUACGAUGUUUAGUAAUGCUUUAAUUUUAUACAAGCCCAUGCCGCGUUGGGCUAGGAUACUGCACGUAAAAAGGCCUUCCUUGCGGGAAACAUUCUCCUAGUCUCAUCAGGGAUAGAUAUUCAUAUUUGUAAAAGGACAGCC